AUGAAACCAGGAAAUCACACAUUGAGUGUUUCUGAAUUCCUCCUCCUGGGCCUGUGUGAGCAGCAGGAACAGCAGCCUCUCGUCUUUGGCAUUUUCCUGAGCAUGUACCUGCUCACUGUGCUGGGGAACACUGUCAUCAUAUUGGCCAUUGUCUCUGAUCCACACCUCCACACACCCAUGUACUUCUUCCUGGCCAACUUCUCCCUCACUGAUCUGUGUUUAGCAUCUACCACAGUCCCCAGGAUGCUGGUGAACAUCCAGGCCCAUAGGAAUACCAUCACCUAUGCUGGAUGCCUAUCUCAGAUCUACUUCUUCCUAUGGUUCAUCGGUCUAGAUGUUUUCCUCCUGGCAGUGAUGGCAUAUGACCGGCUUGUGGCUAUCUGUCAUCCCCUUCGCUACACCUUGGUCAUGACUCCCAGAUAUUGUACUGGGCUGUUGGUCAUGUCCCUGACCCUCACUCAGUCGUACUCUCUGACCCACACCAGUCUCCUGGCUCAGUUAUCCUUCUGCACUGACAACAUCAUUCCCCACUUCUUUUGUGAACUUCUCCCCCUGAUGAAGCUCUCUUGUUCCAAUACUUACGCCAACCAGUGUGUGCUGAUGUACUGGGGAGGGGCAUUGACCAUCUUGAUCCCCUUGCUAAUUAUCAUCUCUUAUAUCCGCAUUGUGGCUGCUAUUGUGAGAGUCCCAUCAGCUAGUGGGAAGUGGAAGGCCUUCUCCACCUGUGGCUCUCACCUCUCAGCGGUUUGCUUGUUCUAUGUGUCUGCUAUUGGGGUGUACUUUAUUCCCUCCUCUGCUGAUUCAGCCAGCAAGGACAGGGUUGCAGCAGUGAUGUAUGCUGUGGUGACCCCCAUGCUGAACCCAUUCAUCUAUAGCCUGAGAAACAAAGACAUGAAGAGUGCCUUGGGGAGACUCCUGAGCGGAAGGGCACUGCGAUCUCCAUGA